AUGGAUCACUCCGCAAAGAUGCUCACGGAAGCCCACGAGAUUUAUGCACGCAUGGGAGGCUCGACCGGUGAGACGGCCACCCGACCGCCUGCGUACAAGGCUAUUGGUAUUGCCCUUGCCGUUGCCUCGGGCGCAUUCAUCGGUACCUCCUUCGUCGUCAAAAAGGUCGGCCUGCUGAAAGCCAACGAGAAAUACAAUGAAGCCCCUGGCGAGGGCUAUGGCUACCUAAAAAACGCUUGGUGGUGGACUGGCAUGAUUCUCAUGAUCAUCGGAGAGAUCUGCAACUUUGUCGCCUACGCCUUCACCGACGCCAUCCUCGUCACGCCGCUCGGCGCCCUGUCCGUCGUCCUGACUGCCAUCCUCUCCGCCAUUUUUCUCAAGGAGCGCCUGAGCAUGGUGGGCAAAGUCUCCUGCUUCCUCUGCAUUGUUGGGUCCAUUGUCAUUGUCAUGAACGCCCCCGAGAACUCGGCCGUAGCCAACAUCCAGCAGAUGCAGAGCUAUGUCAUUCACCCGGCCUUUCUGUCCUACGCCGGCGUCAUCAUCAUCGGCGCCGCCAUCACUGCGUGGUAUGCUGGUCCGCGGUGGGGUAAGAAGAACAUGUUGGUCUACAUCUCCAUUUGCAGUUGGGUCGGAGGCUUGAGCGUCGUGGCGACACAGGGGCUGGGAGCCGCCAUCGUUGCCCAGGCUGGAGGACAAGCUCAGUUCAACCAAUGGUUCACUUACGUGCUUUUGGUCUUUGUGAUUGCCACAUUGUUGACCGAGAUCAUUUUCUUGAACAAAGCCCUAAACCUUUUCAACGCCGCCCUCGUUACCCCCACCUACUACGUUUACUUCACCAGCACCACCAUCAUCACCUCGGCUGUUCUCUUCAGAGGCUUUAAGGGCACACCGACCGCCAUCAUCACCGUCGUCAACGGUUUCUUAACAAUCUGCGCCGGGGUGGUGCUCUUGCAACUCUCAAAAUCUGCCAAGGAUGUGCCCGACACGGCCGUCUUUUCUGGAGAUCUUAACCAGAUCCACACCAUUGCCGAACAGGAGCAGCCCGAGACUGAGCCCAAGGCCGACGCCAUCCGCGGCGCCGCUGCCAUCGUGCGCCGCUUGUCCUCGGCCAGACAGAAGAUGGAAGAGGAGGAGUUCAGGCGGCUGCACGAAGAAAAGCUUCGGGAGUCUCUGGAGCCCGUCAGCGAGGAUGGCCAGCCAAUGUACGAAUGGGACGGGCUGAGGAGACGCAGGACAAUGACGGUGGGGAGCCGAAGCACCCGUGGAACGGUCCUCUCGCCUUACCCACCCUCUCAAUCCGGCGUGCCCCGUACGCCAACUGUUGUUCCCCCGACUUCGCCUCAGGCCCAUCCGCCGCUGGGUAUGUCUCACUUCCCAACUGAAGAGGAGAUGGCGGAACACGACCGCCCUACGUCCCCUGGCAUGCUCUCGAGCAUUGCUGGCACGAUUCGAGAGCGAGCGCGGAGUGUCUUGUCGCCCAAUCAACCCCAGUUUCAGGACCCGAGGGUGCAGAGCCCCAUGCAUCCAGUCCCUUUGACAGAGAUUGCCGUAUCCACCCUCAAGUCGGACGGCGACCAGUCUCCGUAUCACGGCACGAGCAGAGAACACGUCUACGGUCUUCCAGCCGGCGGCCGCGGCAACUUGGAGUAUACCGGUGCCGCCGGUAUCUACGACCAGCGGGCUGUCUCGCGGGGUAGUGUUUUCAGCGGCACCAGCUCGCAUCUCGCACCCACCCCGCCACCCCACUCGGCAAGGAGACAAUUCUCCUUCACCAACAUGUUCAAAAAACAUCAAGCCGAUGCGCCGCCACAACAUGAGGAAGAGCAGCCGCAGCCGCAGCUCCGACCAACCAGUCGAUACGGUCUGGGCUCGCGCGGUUAUUCCAGCCCACAGGUCAAAAACGCCACUGAAGAGGAGCGGCUUGGGCUUGUGAAAGGGGAUUCCAACUUGAUGCCUGCUUUGCAACACUACGACGACGAUGACGAAGAGGAAGAUCCCUACAUUGACGAUAAGAUGAGACCCGUGGACUCGACCCCGAGUCCGCCACAGCACUCGAGAUACGGGCGAGGCAUCACGACUCCGCCGAGGAGGGGUAGCGAUGGCCGUGACACAGACUUUGAGUCUGAAGCGCCGACACCGCCCCCUCAUCGGCCUCAGCCAGGCGGCGGACGGCCUGGAGCAUUCCUAUAA